GAACAACAAGACCUCUUCCUGUUACAAUAUUGAAAGUUUCUAUUUUACAUACGAAAGGCUGGAGAGCAAACUUGGCGGUUUUGGAUUUUAAGCUGAGAGAGGUGUAAGGGUUGCCUUAGGUCAUGACAGCGCUACCGGGUGCUGGGCCAAGGGUCCCUGGCCUACACUCUCAGACUGCAGCGCCAGUCCCCCCACAGCAACCACCGAGUGCCGUGCGUGAGAUCACAUGUGUCACCCUCUGCAAAGUCGGCCAGGAGACUGUUCAGGACAUUGUGGCACGUACAAUGGACAUCUUCCACUUGCUCCGGGCAACGCAGCUUCCAAAUGGAGUCACACAGAAUCAUGUGGUAUAUCAGGAGCGGUACAACAAACUGCAGGAGCACCUACGUCAGCUUACCCUGCUCUUCAAGAAACUGCGGUUGUUAUAUGAUAAGUGUGGAGAGAUGUGUGGAGUCUCUGAUGUCUCUGUUACAGAGUUAAUUCCAUUCGUGGGUGAGGAGUCCUUCAGACCUUCAGAUCUUCCGAAUGUUGGUGGUUUGGCAAACAAGGAGUGCCAGGAAAUCCUCAAGAAGCUACAUCAGAAGAACCAUGAACUGAAGCAUAUUAUGGACCAGCUACGAAAUCUCAUUUGGGACAUCAAUUCAAUGCUGGCAAUGAGGAACUAAAAUCCCAGCACAAAUCCCCUUUUGUUUCAGAAACUGACCUCUCCGUCUGCAUCAUUGUAAACAAAAACUUUUCAAGUAGUUUUUUUAAGUUGUUUCUGCACUGUGUAUAUAAUUUUUUUUAUUUUACAUUUAUAGAAAAAGAAAAACAGAAAAAAAAGGGAAGGGGAAAAUUAAUUAGACAGAUCGAUGACUAUAUUACCCAGUAAAUUUAUACUGAUGUUAUGAGUCUUGGUGAAAUUGUACAUUAUUUGAGUGUGUCAGCUGUGAGCUGAUCCAGUUUAUUUGUGCUGAAAUUAAUGGGGGUGAAAGGGUUUUGGCUGCUGUUUUUGCUAAUGUUUUUGAAGGUCAGGGACAAUACUGCUUUGCUUCUUUUGUGAAAGUCCACCACAUUAAGUGCUUGGGGGAAAGAACAGUCCUGAUGCACUUCCCAUAGCAACACCAUAACCAAUCAGAGUCAACUUGCCUUUUUUGGAUUUAAGCAAAGGCCUGUCUGUUCCCUGAUUCAUGGAAAUGCCCUGAACUAUUAGCAUCAUGUCCUUUCACUUGUUGUUCCCUUUUGAAAUCUGAUAUUCUUGCAUCUGACUUGAUGCUAUUUAUCUUGCAAUUAUGCUGUUUUUUUUCAAGCAAUACUUACAUUUUGUACUAUCAAGUGACUAGGUGAAUGAUCAGUGGAUUUGCUUUGUAUGUGCAUGUUACUUACAGACAGAAAUCAAAUUUAGCAAAGUCUAACAACUCAAAGUAAAGGACUGCACAUAUUAGCCAACUACAGGGAGCUGGCAAUGGCCUUAGGUAGGGUCAUAUAGCACAAAGACCCUUUAGCUCAACCUAUCUAAUCUAAUCCCACUUUCUAACUUUUAGUUUGAAACCUUGAAUGUUAUGACAUUUCAAGUGUUCAUCUAUUUACUUUUAUAAAGAUUGAGGUUUUCCACCACUACUACCCUCCCAGGCAGUAUACAUCCUCUGGGUGGAAAACACUUUUCCUCAAACCUUCUGUUCACCUUUAAAAUUGUGGAUUUGUUAGUAACCCUUUCACUAUUUUCUAUCUAUGUGUCCAUACCCCUCAUGAUGUUGUACACCGCUAUUAGGUCUCCCCCACUCAACCAUCUCUGUUCCAAAGAAAAUGAUCCAAGCCUCUCUUCAAUCACUGAAAUCCCCAUCCCAGGCAACAUCCUGGCGCAUCUCCUCUGCAUCCCUUCCAGUGCAAUCUCAUUCCUACCAUUUUUUUUAGAUUAGACUUACAGUGUGGAAACAGGCCCUUCGGCCCAACAAGUCCACACCGACCCGCCGAAGCGCAACCCACCCAUACCCCUACAUUUACCCCUUACCUAACACUACGGACAAUUUAGCAUGGUCAAUUCACCUAACCCGCACAUCUUUGGACUGUGGGAGGAAACCGGAGCACCCAGUUUUGGUGACCAGAACUGCACAUAGUACUCCAGCUGUGGCCUAAUCAAACUUUUUGAACAGCUCUAGCAUAAUCUCUCUACUCUUACCAUCUACAACUUUGAUUAGUAAAGGCAUAUGCUGCAUUAACCAUCCUAUUAACCUGACCUGUCAGGGAUCUAUAGACAAGCAUCCCCAGAUCCCUCUCACCUAGUAUCCUAUCAUUCAUUUGGGUACUCCUUUCUCUUGUUAUUACUUCCUAAGUGCAUCACCUCUCAUGCUCAAAUUCCAUUUGUCCAACUUGUCUAGCUUGUCUCAAAAUCCCGACAGUGUGCAAACAGGCUAUUCAGCCCAUCAAGUCUGCGCUGAGCUUCCAAAGAGGAGCAUACCAUCCAACCCCCAUAACCCCAACAAACUGCACAUCCUUGGAUGCUACAGGACAAUUUCAGCAUAGGUAAACCACCUAACCUGUACAUCUUUGGUCUGUGGGAGGAAACCCAUGGAGACAAAGGGAGAAUGUGUGGAGUUUGCACAAACAGUCACUAGGCUGCAAUCAAACCUGAGUCCCUGGCAAGGUGGGCAACAAUGCUGACCAAUGUGCCACUGUGUCACCCAGUAAUAUAAUCCUGUAACCUAAGACCUUAUGUAGAAAUAUUCAAGUUAUCAGGUUGUUUCUGUUUGGAUUUCAUCAAUCAAUGAAAAGCAUUUAUUACAUUGAUCCUUUUGUUAGCUGAAUUACAGAGCACAAUCUAAUGCUUGUCACAGGUCAGUCAAUUUUAUCAUGAUAGUCAGGGUCUACUCUGCAUUCAGGAGGGUGAUGACUCUCUGAAGACUCACCUCACAAUCCAUUGUUCCAUCAGGCCCAGGGAGUAUUGGUAUGUUUGUAUCAACACCUCCACAUCAGGGACAGGAUCAUGGAGGGUCACGUUUCUUGCCUGUCUAACUCAGCAAGCUCCCAAAUGUACAUAUGGAUAUUAGUCAAAGAUGGCAUCAGGCUUGCUUGUGUUGCCAUAGGUAGGCAAAUAGCCAGACAGCACUCUUUCCUGAACUGGCACUGAAAGAAUGGCCAAUUGGAUGAAACAUGAAGUAAGAUACCCUGUAACACAUUAGUGGAGCAGCCCACCACGAUGAGCCAAUGAUGGGGGAAGAAGUGCUACUAAAGAGAACUAUUCUUGACAAAGGGCAUACCUUUGUUGCCUUGUUUCAUUUGUGAAUGAAUAACCUAAAAUGAUUUUUCAAAAAAAAUGACUUGUUUGCUAUCCCUUAUCAGCAGACGCUUUUGCUGAUAUGCAUUAAUGCCUUUUUAUCUGCAGACCCAACUAUUAGAUUAGAUUACUUACAGUGUGGAAACAGGCCCUUCGGCCCAACAAGUCCACACCGACCCGCCGAAGCGCAACCCACCCAUAUCCCCCUUACCUAACACUACGGGCAAUUUAGCAUAGCCAAUUCACCUGACCUGCACAUCUUUGGACUGUGGGAGGAAACCGGAGCACCCGGAGGAAACCCACGCAGACACUGGGAGAACGUGCAAACUCCACACAGUCAGUCGCCUGAGGCUCCAAUGUCUCCUGCCCAACUUCCGAUAAACCACCCUCCAUAAAUGUGAGUUCAUAUGAAAACCCUGUUCUAACACAAAGACCAAGUCAUCAGCAGCCAGCUUACAGGCUUGGAGGAGAUAUGUGAUGGAUAAUGGCCUUUUGGUUUUAAAAUACUAGUUGUUCAAAGUCCUGCCUAUCUGCUUUCCUCCAAUUUGAGCAUUUUGACAAUUAUUGCUCCAUCAUGGGCAGCCAUAUCUUCAGCUGCUCAGUUGGAGUUUCUUCAUCUCCGUGUCUCAAAGUACUCCUUAAAAUCUCUCUCAGCAAGGGUUAGGUCACCCUGUCUAAUAUCUCCCAUGUGGCUCCAUGCCAAAUGUUCUUUGAUUCUGAUCCAAUGAAGUACAUGUGAAUGUUUUACUUGGUGAAAGUUGUGACUAAGUGUUGGUGGUGGAGGGAGUGGAUGCUUGUGGAUGUAGUGUCAAUCAAGGGGGCUAUUUUGUCCUGAAUGUUGUCAAGCUUCUGGAGUGUUGUUGGAGUUGUACUUAUCCAGGCAAGUGUGACUAUUCAAUUACACUCCUGACUAGUGCCUUAUGAUGAUGCUAAGGCCACGAAGUGAGUUACUUGCUGCAGUAUUCCAAGCUUUAUAUGACAAGACUGGUUGAGUUUCUGGUCAAUGGUAACCCUGAGGGAUGCACUGAUGGUAAGGAAUAGUGGAUAACUUAUCUCUUAUUACAGAUAAUCGUCAGGUAUUUGUGUGGCAUGAAUGCAACUUGCCACAUGUCAGCCCAAGUCUGGUUAUUGUCCAGGUCUUGUUACAUUUGAACAUGGACUGUUUUAGUAUCUGAGGAGUCACAAUGGCACUCAUCAGUGUACAUCCCCACUUCUGACAUAAUGAUAGAGGGAAGGUCAUUGAUGAAGCAACUGAAGAUGGUUGGGCCUAGGAAGAUUGCUGUAAAUACUUCAGCCUUGUCUCUUGUACUGAUGUGUUGGGUUCUUCCAUCACUGAGGAUGAAAAUAUUUAUAGUGCAGCCUCCUUCAGUGAGUUUAAUUGUCCACCACCAUUCACAACUGCAUGUGGCAGUACUACUGAGCUGAGAUCUGAUCUCUUGGUUGUGGAAUAGCUUAGUUCUAUCACUUGCUGUUUAUUGCUGUUUGCCAUGCAAAUAACCUUGCUUUGUCGCUUCACCAGGUUGACACCUCAUUUUCAGGUAAGCCUGGUGUUGCUCCUGGCUCUUCUAUUGAACUGGUGUUGCUCCCCUUGCUUGAUGGUAAUGGUUGAGUGGGGGAAUAUGCUGGUCAUUAGUUUACGUGUUGUGUUGGGGUAUGAUUUUGCUGUUCUUGCUGGCCCACAGCACCUCAUGGAUGCCCAUUCUUGAGUCGCUGGAUCUUUCAAAGUCUGUCCCUUUUAGCAUGGUAAUAGUGCCAUCCAGCAUAAUGGAAGGUAUUCUCAAUGUGAAGGCAGGACUUCAUCUCCACAAGGACAGCAUGACGAUCACUCUUACUGGUACUCUCAUGGACAGAUACAUCUGCAGCCUGGUCCCUUUCUCUGAAUCAGCUAGAUAGAAGUCAGGAAGAACUGUACUCAAUUUGUCCAGUUAAUUAACAUAAACUCAAUUGAUCGCUACCAUGAAAUUGUGUGAUUAGGUGAUUCAUGAAUUGAUGUUCAAGUUGCUAAUAUUUUACACAUGGUUUAUCUUGUGAGAGUCAAGAUCAGAGUGGUACUGGAAAAGCACAGAAGGUCAGGCAGCGUCUGAGGAGCAGGAAAAUCAACAUUUCGGGCAAUAUCUUGUGAGAGACCCAAUUUGAUUUCUUUUUUGAACUAACAUCUUUCCAUUGAGACUCACAAGUUCUUACUACACCUUAUACAUCACUUCCACUAGGGACAAUCAUUUAGAUUUCUGAAUCUCUCAAAUACUGGACUCUGUUUUAAGUAAGGAGGAAAAAGUGAGGUCUGCAGAUGCUGGAGAUGCAGAUUCCUGAUGAAGGGCUUAUGCCUGAAACGUCGAAUUUCCUGUUCCUUGGAUGCUGCCUGACCUGCUGCGCUUUAACCAGCAACACAUUUUCAGCUCAGUUUUAAGUAAAUCAACUGCAAACCAAUGUUAAUAAUAAUCACAAUCUAGAGGGAUUGAUGCAAAGUACUUCUCUUUUAUGCAUAACACAAUGGAUGGUCUAGUGCCUGUCAGCUUUAUUUGAUUCAUUUAUGGGAUGAGAGUUUUGCUAGUAAGACCAGCAUUUCGUUCUACAUUCCUAACUGACCUUCAGUGCAACAUCGUUGGAAUCCUGAAGUUGAUUGGUUCUGUAUAUCUCACUCCUGUUGAUGAAUAUCUGAAACUCUUGGUUGGAAUGCAGCCUUUGGUGAUGCAUACAUUUUAAAUCAUAUUUUAGUUAUUCUGUUGGAUAUGCUAUACUGAGUCGUGUUUGCUCAUUAACCCUGUGCUCACUGACCUGCAGUUGAACCUGGUAUAGCUACAAAAUUAGCACCGUUAUUUAAGUUAAAUUUUGUUUGAUAAUAGUCCUAUAAAGUGAUUUGAGAUGCUUUACUGCAUUAAAGGCACUAUAUAAUCUCAAGUUUUUGCAAGAAAUGUUUCU